AUAACUUUUUUUUUUAAUAUGAACUUUAAGAAUGAUCAUUUUUUAUAGUUAUAGGAUUUAAUAUUAAGUUGUGAGAUGAACUUUAUAUGCAUUUUAUUUGCUUUGAUUGGAUUAAAUGAAGCUGCUAGCUCUAAAGAUAAAGAAAGAUAUUGUGCAGCUUGUCACCUGGUUGUUGAUGAAAUAGAAUAUGAAAUAUCUAAAGUUGAUCCAGCAAAAACUUUAGAUAUAGAAAGUUUUCGCGUAGAUCCUAGUGGAAACCAAAAAAGAAAACAGAUAAGCUAUGCACGCUCAGAAACCCAUUUAACUGAGAUUACGGAAAGUUUAUGUCAAAGAAUGAAAGAUUAUGCAGAAUCGGUUGAUAAAACUGGAAAAAUUAAAUAUGUAUCAACUAAAUCACGUGAUGGUCGACCAAUUCAAUUGGAAAAUGUCUCGAUAAGUGCAGCUAUUGGGGACAAGCUACAGAGUAUGUGCGAAAAUAUAAUUGAAGAUAAUGAUGAAAAUUUAGUUGAGUUCUUUAAAAAGCCAUCUGAUGAACCAAAGUUAAAGUUUUGCUCUGAAGUAACAGAUUUAUGUCCUGAUGAUAAUGAAGAAGAAAACGAUGACGAAAAUAAAGUUGAAUUAUAGGUUAAAAGUAAAAAACUUAAUUAAAUCUACAAAUGUUUAAUAUUAUAACGUUGACAAUAAUGACGUCAACAACGAUAGUACAAUAUCAAAAGCUUUUCAGGGUUUGUCAAUGAUGAUAUCAGUGGAUUUUUUAAAAGACCAUGUUAAAAUAUUCAUAAUUCAGUAAUACUACGUGAUACCGGUUUUUAGUAAUACAGGUAGCGGUACCGGUAUUGCUAAGUAACAUUCAACAUGUUUUAUACAAAAUAUAUAAAUUUUUUAUAA